AUGCGGGGGCGCGCGCGGGCGGCCGGGCUCGGCCUGCUGCUGCUGGCGCGGGCGCCCGCACCCGCCGAGCCGCAUGCGGCGGUGACCCGCCCGGCCAUGCGCCACAACCCGUGGGUCAACAGUGGCUGGUGCCCGUGGUGCCAAGGGACCCAGCAGUUCUGCGAUCUGAAGACGUCCAGUUGCCUGCCACCUUCGCCGUGCUGGGACGCGGAUCCGGGCACGCGGGUGGCAAGGGACAGGUUCGGUGACAUGCAGAGCCUGAGGACGCCAGAGGGUGACUUCUGGAUCGACGAGGGGGGCCCUGACCAGCCCGCGCCGGUCCUGUGCCCAGGCGACGCGGUCCCCGUCCACUUCGUCAUCAUGGCCGACCACAACGGGGCCUAUCGGUGGGAGGCGCAGCGGGCGGACCCCGGCGAGGAGAGCGAGGCGGCAUUUCAGAAUUUCACGCCGUGGAUCAGCUUGAACAAUGAUGGAGCCACCGAGUAUUUCCGAAAGGACGGUGUGACUCCGCACGAGACGGACCGUUGCAGCAUCGACGACGACAACAGGUCCUUCGCGUGGAGUUGGAGCAUCGAGGAUUGCCGGAAGGACACGUGGGCGCGCACCCUGGUCGCGCUCCCCAGCGACAUGCCCCCCGGGCGCCACGUGCUCCGCUGGCUCUGGCUGGGCGGCCUCACGACCGAGGGGCGGCGCGUGGUGGGCCCGGAACCGGCCAUCUUCGUGAAUUGCGUGGACGUGGUCGUCGGCGAGGGCUUCGGCGGCGGGGGCCCGUACGUCUCCGGCGGCGGUGGUUCCUCCGGCGGGGCCAGCGGCGUGGGCCCCUGCCUCUCUGGCCAGUACCAGUUCAGCCGGGAGGCAGGGUGGAUGAUAUCUGUGACGGCCACGCAGGCAGAGAAGAAGCGUCCCUACAGGGCCUUCGCAUACUGCCAGUUCUGCAUGGGCAGGCCCUACGGGGAGUGCUGGGGCGACACGAGGACCUUGACCUUCUCGUUCUCUUUCAAGACGAGCGGGGUGGCCCAGAUCGGUGCCUACGUGAAGCUCCUCUUCUGGUCGGACUCGGGCAACAUCCUGGGCCUGCUCCCCCCGCGCCACCCCAACGGCCAGGGCGCGUUACGCCUCGUCGCCUUCGUGGAGGACGACUUCCCGAACCGCUGGGCCCACGAGGCCGAGAUCCAGGACGGGCGCUGGUACGACGUCGAGGUCGACUUCCUGCCCGCCACCGGCGAGGCCCGCGUCUCCCUGGACGGGAGCCCGCUCGGCAGCGCCAGGCUCCCUGUGGCCAUGCUGUCGGAGUCCACGGGCCCGCAGGUGGGCGUCUACUCCUUCGACCUCCCCGGCGGCGGCGCGGAGCCGUGGCCGCGGGAGGGCUUCAGGCUGUGGCUGCGCGACUUCUGCCUCCGGCGGCGGACGGGGCCCCCGGAAGUGGCCGCCCCGACGCCUGCCUCGCCGGCCCUGGAGGGGCUCGCCGCGGGCCCCGAGCAGCUGCAGCGGCGGCACCGGCUGCAGCUGCGGCUGCAGCAGAAGCUCCUAAAGGAGGUGCAGCAGCAGGAGGCGCAGCAGCGGCAGCCUGGGGCCGCCAGGGGUCCAGCGGCAUCUCGGCAGCACGCGGCGCAGCAGCGGCGGCCUGGGGCCGCGGGGGGCCCAGCGGCAUCCGGCGGCCCGCCGCCGGCUGGCUGCUCCGCCGUGUGGGACCGACCAGUGCGGAGGAAGGGACUGGACGGGACCCACGUGCUGCGCCGACGGGAGCUCUUGCGAGACGACGGACGGUAA